AUGAAACUACAAAAUAUUUAGAAAAAUUUAUAUAUGAAUAAUAAAGUCAAAUAGAAUUGGUCAGACCCACUUGUUAUUUUCACAACAAGAAGUGAAAUUUUUACAAGCAGUAAUUAUUCCUUAUGGUUUGCACCAGAAAAGAAGGAAAAUUUAAAGGAAAUUCAGCUUUAAAAAUUUAAUCUAAAAUAAAUAGAGGAAUACAUAAAAAAAUUCACAAUUUAGAGCAUUAAAAUGUUGAUUUUCGAAAUUUAGAAUGGUAAACAUAAAUGUCAAAUUAAGGAGGAUUGGAUAUCAAUAAUUUUGAAAAGUGUUGGGAACAAUUGUAGGAAAAAUGUUUGAAUUUGACAAAGUUUAAUGCUGAAGCCCUUUUGAAUAAAAAAUAAAAGAUGAUAUUUUAUCAUUUUUAAAGAAUAAUGAAUACUUUACUUUUAAAAGUAAUGAGGCUUUAAGAAAUCUAAUUAAAAUUAUAAAAACUGUGGAGUGUUGAAAUGUAUGAAAAGAUGAUGAAGCAAAUAAAUUUAUAUAGAUUGAUAGAAACCCCAUAUAUGAUGGAAAUAAUAGUUUAAGUGCUGCCUAAAAUGAUGGUGAAAGCCUCUGAUAUUAAUAAUUUGAGAUUAAAUUUUCUAUAAAAUUUUCCAAACAUGCUUCAUGAGUUUUACAAAAGUAACUAUCUGAUUCAAAUGUAUAAUUGGCAAUCGAAAAUGUAUAUAUAAUAGGGUAAUCAUGAAAAAAAAUAAUGGGAUAAAGAAAUAUAGGAUAAUGAUGAAAAAGAAUUAUAGGAUAAUAAGAAAAAAGAAAUAUAUGAUAAUAAUGAAAAUGAAUAACAGGAUAAAAACAAAAUAGUAUAAUAGGAUAAUGAUGAAAAACAAUAACAAGAUAAUAAAGAUAAAGAAUUACAGGAAAAAAAUGAUAACGAAUAACAGGAUAAGAAUAAUGAGAAUGAAUAACAGCAUAGUAAUGAAAAAGAAUAAUCAAAUAAUAAUGAAUAACAAUAACAGGUUACUUAAACUGAUGUGGAAAACUUGGAUAAAAUUAAUUACAUUUCCAUUGCUAAUGAGAUUUGGAAUAAAAUGGAAGAACAUUCAAUCGCUAGCCAAUUUUUCAACUCUCAAGAAUUAGAUGAUCAUAACAAAAAUCUUCUAUUUGGACACUACCUUAAACACUUCAAAAAUGAGUUUACAAAAUUUAGCAUUGAAAAAGACAGAAUGAUUGAAGUUGUUUGCAAUGCAUUAUCUGAACUAAAUCUUACAAGUUAUGACUUUUAUGAUGAAUUUAUUAAUUAGUAUGAUUAUCAACAAAUAGAAAGUAGAGAAAUCUGGGAAAAUCAAUACUUAUUGAUCGGUUUUUACAUGACUUAAAUAAGUAUUCAAUCAAUCUUGCAAAAGUAAUGAGCACAAAAUAAAUGACAUAAGUUUAAUAUUAAUAAUAAGGAUUUCUGUAUUAGGAAGAAAAAGAAGAGGAGAAAUGGUAAAAUGAAUUUUUUAAUGAUGAUGAUUGUUAAUUUGGUUCCUAUAAAAAGGAUUUAAGGAGUUGUUCCUUAGUUUAAUAAAAAGGCAUAAACUUUUAAUUUGUUCAUAAGUCUCUCUAAGAGUUCUUUAUAGCGGCUCAUUUAUAUGGCAUAUUAGAGUUAUUUAAAAAUUUUCAGGGGCUGAUAUUCAAUUAGAUAUUAAAAUAGCUAUCUAAAGGAAACAAUUAUGAUCAAAAUUUUGUAGAAUAUCUAUAAAACCAAAUGGAUUAAUAAAAUCUGAUUAUAGGUGAAGUUUCAAUUAGUAAUGAAAAAAAAAAAAUAUUGAAUAAACUUUUAAAAUUUCUUAUAUUUUAACAGUGAUUGAUAAAAGUUUUAUUUAAGGGGGGUGAACUCACUGAAUUUAUUAGUUAGAUGUAAAAAGUCAUGAUUUUAAAAAAUAAGAAUCAGAGAUACUUCCUUAAUAGGAGGAAAUUUUGCAAAAUGUGAUUUAAGCUUAUCUGAAUUUAAUAAUGCGAAUAUAAAUGGAAUUAAUAUUAAUGGAGCAAUAAUGAUUGGCUGCAUCUGGAGAGAUCUGAAGAUUAAUGAGUUGCAUACAUUAGAUGGUCAUUCAGAUAAUGUAAGUACAAUUUGUUACUCUCCUGACGGUACUACGUUAGCAUCUGGUAGUGAAGAUAACUCUAUCCGUUUAUGGGAUGUUAAAACAGGAGAAGAAAAAGCCAAAUUAGAUGGUCAUGAAUUUGGUAUUAAUUGAUGGUACUAUAUUAGCAUCUGGUAGAUGA